AUGGCGGACACAUCACAUGCUGAUGCGACCGUCCGGAUAUUGGAUUGGUACGCUAAGCUAUACAGUCGCCGAGUCGACCUUGUAGGCGACUUCGCAGGCAGUGAACGAUUCCUCGUUCAUGGCGAAUCACUACUCCUGGACUGUUUCAGCGACCCGACUAUCGACUUCGAUCCAGCCUAUCAGCUGCUACAUGCUUCUUACGCAGUCGAGAGGGUGCUACAUGGCCUAGUCUCUCGACGAUGUAACUUUCACAUUGCAUUCUUCGAUGAUUACCAAGAGUUCUGCGUGCCCCCAAAUGCGUCGUCCGCAACUACCGAGAAGUACCUCCUCGCGCGAGCAGCGAUAAUCCGCCACCUUCAAGUCAACUUGCGGAAUGUUCAUCCAGACAUCGAAGUUCAUCGAUUUUCAUCAACAACUUCGGAGUCAUUCUCUGAUUAUCUAAAGACUACCGACAUCUAUUUCGUUCUCUGCCACGAUGGUGCCUCGGCAAACAAGGCAUACAAAAAGGCAUACCGUACAUUUAUAUACGAUUUGAUGCGGCGAGGUUACAGCGUUGCGCUUGUUAACGGACUGGAGCUGCAAGACACAAAAGUCAUCACAACUGUAUUGGAGCACUCGCGUUCUCUAGAUGUCGUUCCUCCUCCCGCGACCUCACCCGAUGUUCAAAACACCAGUAUCAAUCCAGCACAUCUCGGCAAGGCCGUUGAUCUAAUCACAGAAUCCUGCGAGGAGUCCCUGAGUGAACGCGAGUAUCUUACGGUCCUCAUUGCCUCCAAACUAGUAGGCAAGGACGAUCAGUCUGAAUUCACCGUUGCGCUCCUCAGUCAUGCAGGAUUGCUCGCAGAACUCAGUCUUGCUGACCGCCUUGUGGAUACCCAGGAAAUUCCACAAAAGGCGCAAGAGUUCUUGGUCAAUUUUGCUCAAGAGGCGCGGAACUUGUUGAGUUCAAAUGCGUGGUUCGAACAAUUCAUCUCUGAGGAUGACGAAACUGUCUGCGAUGUCGCAGACCUCGUAGAUGGACGACUAUUCGCCUACUGCUUACAAAACCCUUCUAAAACAGAGCGAUUUGAAUUGCUGCGCGAGGCCACAGAAGAGCUGAGUGGUCACGAUGUACCGGACCUUUCAAGCAAGUCUGUGGUUGAGUCCACCGGUGCGGCCAACAGCAACGGUACCGGUGCGACGCCAUAUGCUCUUAUGCCUUUCUCCGACUCCGUCUUUGAUGAGCACCUCAAGCCUGUACAUUUGAACGUGAGCAAAUCCGGAGGCAAGGUUGAUCCCACUUCAGCCAGUAUCUUCAGAGAGGUAUCACACUGGCACAACGCGAAGCGACCGAUAGACAACAAGACGAAGAGCCAGCUUGAAAAGGAUCCAAAGAUUGCAAAGAAGGCUCUCCGCCGCAACCAGUUUUUCAUGGCUGAGAUGACUUCAUACGCGGCCAGCUUAACCAACGCCGUUGGAAAAGUGCUCGAACCCGAGAUCAUAACCAUGGGGGACAAAGGUGCACAAGCGCCGCCAUCGAAGACUGAGAACACAAGGCCUAAGCAGCAGUCAAAACAAAGCACUAAAAAUAUCAACUCGGCAAAGCAAGCCAUGCUCGCUGAUAUUGCAGCGAGUUCCAAGAAGAAGGAUGAGGACGUAGCGAAACAACUGUACCAAGCAUGGGCAACCAAAUGCGAUGGUAUUGAGAAGCAGGCAGAUUUGGCUGGACGCUACAAUCAAGCCAGACAGUACUUGGUCAGCCUCAACACCGAUAUCAAGCGCAAGACUCUGGAAGCCGAAGUUCGCCUCUACAUGCUCAACGUACUGGUGCAGAUGUGGAUCACCAAUUGCAAGAAAGCGGACAAAGAAGACGGUAUCUACAUCGCCGCCCUCAUAUUUGACACAGUCCGGUCAUUCUGCAAUCUCCCAUCCGUCACCAAGACCAUCUCGGCAUGUCUCACACAGACAGUCGAGGAACUUGAACUACCCGCUCUACAAGUCCCACCUGCGCAAGGUGAUCGCAAACUACCUUUCAAAUUCGUGCUUGAUCAAGAGACUACUGCCAAUGUUGACCUGGCCUUGAACCUAUCUCCCGAGCACUUCCAAUUGCUUCACUGCGGACCAUACUUCGACCGCACCAUGGACUCUGCACCGGACCCGCGCGUGCCCUUCGAGCCCGAUGCGUGGCAGAGGAAGGUUCUGGACGAGAUUGAUGCGCGCCGCAGUCUACUUGUCAUUGCCCCGACUUCGGCCGGUAAGACUUUCAUCUCGUUUUAUGCUAUGAAGCAAGUCUUGGAGUCCAGCAACAACGACGUCCUUGUUUACGUUGCGCCCACGAAAGCACUCGUGAACCAGAUUGCGGCUGAGGUACAAGCGCGUUUCUCAAAGAAUUACAAGUACGCCAAUUCAGUCUGGGGCAUUCACACACGCGACUACCGUAUCAACAACCCUACUGGUUGUCAGAUCUUGGUCACUGUGCCUCACAUCUUGCAAAUCAUGCUACUCGCCCCAAGUCACGCCAAGAGCUGGUCAGAGCGGGUGAAAUGGAUCAUUUUUGACGAAGUCCAUUGUAUUGGUCAAGCCGAGGACGGUGUCAUUUGGGAACAACUACUGCUUAUGGCACCAUGCCCGAUCAUUGCACUGUCUGCGACCAUUGGAAAUGCUGAUGCUUUCAACGACUGGCUCGCCUCGACACAAAAAGCUGCAGGCCAUGAGCUUGUCAUGGUACAACACCCACACCGUUACUCAGAUCUCCGGAAAUUUGUUUUCACACCACCCAGGCGUCCCAAAUCGUCAGAUUAUCUCCCGUUGCCAGCCUCCCGUGCAUUUGCUCAGCUUGGGCUGAGCGAGCAGGGCAACUUUGCCUUCCUUCAUCCUGUAGCAAGCUUGACCAACCGUGCCCGUGGGCUACCAUCCGAUCUGACCUUCGAAGCACGCGAUUGCUUCACCUUGUGGCAAAGCAUGUCGAAACAUCAGACCACAGAAUUUCCCAUGGACAAAGCACUCGACCCUUCAGCGGUUCUGCCUGCCGUCAUCAAGAAGGCUGACAUCAUUAAAUGGCAAGUCGGCCUCAAGGCAGUACUUUCAAAGUGGUUGGCAGAUGACGCGUCCCCUUUCGAGGCAGUUCGCAGGGACUUGAGUCAGGCACUCGCAGGUAUCGAACAGGCAGGUCAAGAUGCCAUCGAAGAGGACUCAGACGAUUCAGAUUCCGAAGAUGACGAGUCUAAAGCCGACGAGAUGGAACUCAAGCAUGAUGUUAACAAUCUGCAGCGACAAGACGCGCUUCCCGGUAUCAUCUUCAACUACGACAGAGGUCUUUGUGAGAAGAUGUGCCAGACCCUCAUGAAACAGCUUACUGAAGCUGAGACAAACUGGAAGAAGACCAGCCCUAAGUGGAAGGACAAGUUGCGGGAGUGGGAUGACUGGAAGAAAGAGAUGGCCCGAAGAGAGAAGCAAGGUGUCCGCGGUGCCAACAAGGGUAUGACCAAGCAGGACCAGAUGAGAGAAGCAGCCAGCCAGGAGGUCAGUGCCUUUGCGUCUUUCAAUCCUGAAAAGCCUCUUGACGGCUUUCACUUCGCGGACAACAAGAAGCUCUCACAAGAAGAGCUCGAGGACUUUGCUUAUCAGAUGCGCCGGCGCGGUGUUGAUGAGUGGCUGAUCGACGGCCUUCGACGAGGUAUCGGUGUUCAUCACGCUGGUUUGAACCGCAAGUACAGGUAUUGUGUGGAGAUGCUCUUCCGCCGUGGCUAUCUGAGGGUUGUCAUCGCCACAGGAACCCUUGCUUUGGGUAUCAACAUGCCUUGUAAGACCGUUGUCUUCUCCGGAGACUCUCUGUUCCUGACUGCCCUCAACUUCCGUCAGGCUGCGGGUCGUGCUGGUCGCAGAGGAUUCGACAUGCUUGGUAACGUUGUAUUCCAUGGAGUACCAAUGAGCAAAAUCCACAAGCUCAUCAGCUCAAGACUGCCUGACUUGAACGGCCACUUCCCAAUCACCACUACGCUUGUCCUGCGGUUGUUCACUCUCCUGCAUUCGUCCGAAAACUCCAAGUUUGCUGUCCGCUCCAUCAAUGCGUUACUUUCGCAGCCGCGGCUAUACUUGGGUGGAGAGGAAGCGAAGAUGACAGUCUUGCAUCAUCUGCGAUUCUCGAUUGAGUACCUACGGAGGCAACAUCUACUGGACGCACAAGGUGCGCCGCUCAACUUUGCUGGUGCGGUCAGCCAUCUCUACUUCACCGAGAACUCAUCUUUCGCCUUCCACGCCCUGCUUAAGGAUGGCUACUUCCAUCAGCUAUGCGCCAAGUUCGCCACGAACCAAGAGUCAGUGCUACGUGAAUUGAUGCUCACCAUGUCGCAUCUCUUUGGCCGACAGCACUGCAGGAAAGCAGACAUGGAGUUCGUGCAGGACGUUGUAAAGGGAAGUCCUUCCAUUGUGUUUUUGCCAGAGAUGCCACCGCAAGCUGCGGAUAUCUUGCGACGUCACAACAAAUCCACACUGGACAUUUUCACCGCCUAUGUUCAGACAUACGUCGAACAGCAUGUCAAGCAGCCCGACAACACACUUCCUCUGACUACGGUCAAGGUUGGCACUGAUUCUUCCAAGCCACUGCAAGGCGCAGCGAAGAAGUCUCUCAAGGCUCGCUCUGCUUUCGUCGCCCUCUCAGGUCAUGACGACAACUUCUCUUCUAUUCACGACCUCUGUUCCACGUCCCGGUCUGGUGUCUUCCUCGAGGAAGCCGUUGUCCCGCACGUAGGUCUAUACUCGGAAGACGACUCGUCGCUCCCGCUCAACGCGUACCUGUACGACUACUUCAACCACUCGAAUCCCACGGCGCUUAUCACUGCCAACCGCAUCCGCCGCGGCGAUCUCUGGUUCGUGCUCAACGACUUCAGCAUGGUCCUCGCGACCAUCGUCACCUCCCUCAGCAACUUCAUGAAACUCGGCUCCGACUCGGACCUUGACUUCAUCGACAUCCGCGGUGGUGGCGACGAGGGCGAAGAGGAGAAGGAAGACAAGUUCCUGCCCAACGACGCGGCUAGCGAAGUGACAAACCUCUCUGGAACGACCCUCGCGUCCGGCUCCGGCAUCGUCAAGCAGGAAAUGCCCAUCCAGGUCAAGAAGAAGAAGGCCAAGGUCAUGGACUCCUGGGACGACGAGGGCGACGAGUCGAGCGAAGAAGAGGCUGAGGAGGAGUGGGAUGCGGAUGAUGCCGAGGGAGAUGCGCCGGCGUGGGAAGAAGGCGUGGGGCUGCUGAACGUGCUGAAGGCGUUCAAGGCGCUCAAGGAGGACUUUGAUACAAAGUUCAGGAUGAUGUGGGCUUAG